AUGUCUUCUUCAGUGUUGCAUCAUUGUACAUUUUGCGGUCAUGAUUCAGAGAUCUCAAAUUUCCUUGCUGCCUUUGCUGAGAAUCCUUCCUGCCAUCAGUGUGGCAUAUCCGCAUCGGAGGGCAAUUCCAAGAUGCAAGACGACCUAGCUGCCCUUUUUGCCCGUCAGAUGAGCGUUCAGGCAAAUGUCAAUACCAAUGCCAGCAGCAGCAUCAACAAUCCAAAGCCAGGAAUGCCCCCUCAAACAGCUAUAGCUAGGUCCCGAACCCCUGAAACGUCCCCAUCCUCCACCCCUUCCACCCCUCCCACCUCCCGCCCGAUAAUCUACAACAUAUCCCAGCACUACCACCACUCCGCCCACCAACUUCCUUCAUCGGGUGGCUGGUCCACCCUCUCUUCAAUUCUGUGCGACAUGCAGCAGUCUGGCAUGACAGCGGAAGAAAUGCUAUUCCUCAACAACGUGGACCCGUCCUCUCUCUUCCCGUCACAACUAACUCUGUUCGCACAAGCCGGAUUCGAGCAAAAGACGCGGCUGCUUGAGCUGUGGCAGCUUUCGCAGCCGAAAACCGGAAAUCUGAUGUCUCUGCAGGCUUCUGGCGGGCCGACAUCGGCUCUUGCUUCUUCUUCCUCCUCUUUACAGGCAGAUAUUAUGCAGGAUGCAAGGGACGCAAUGGAUCAAGAUAACCAACACGCAGAACCGUAUGUUAUGUCGGGUUAUGAAGCCCUCGCACAACGCGAAUAUGAUGCAUCAUCAGCCAAGGAUGCGUGUGAACACGCGUUUACAGAUGCGGCGGCAGAGUCACAACCCGCGUCGUUAUCACCGUACAAACCAGUCGUUGACCCGGCGUAUAAAGGCAAUAACUUGUGGGGCCACCAGCAGCAGGGGCAAGGAAGGAGCCCGUCAGAGGCAGAGCUGCUGCUGCAGCCGAUGGAGGAUCAGUAUGGCGCUUUUGAGCAGCGCAGCAACAUGUAUAUGGGUUGUGAGCCUUGGCGGGGCCAUCGGCUGGAUGACCAAGAGAUGCUGUAG